AUGUUUAAAAAACUGAAAGAGAAAAUCACUGAAGAGGUGAAAAUCAGCCCUCAAAGAUUUCAACAGCUGACCCAAAGUGUUAGUGACAAAUUACAAGGAAACAGUGCCCCGGAUGAGAAUAUGUUUUCUAUUGGAGAAGAUGAUGAAAACGCCUCGAGCAUGAGUACGGACCAAGGAUUUUCCAGUGUAACGCUGGUAUCACCUUCAUCUGAUAGCAGAAGUAGACGUUUAUCCAAUUCUUCUAUGGCCAGUGAUGUCUCAUUUCUUCCCAGAUAUGAGGCUGGAAGUACGUACCAUUUACAGUCCGAUUUAGAUGCAUCUGCCAGUGAACUAGAAGACAACGUCUCUCAAUCCUCAUCUCAAUUAGGGCACAUAUCCAAAGAGCAAGUAUAUUCGGCCUUUAAAAAGUCCCAGCUUAGAUAUCACAAGUAUAGAGGUCGAUAUACAGAUUUAGCCAGACAUUAUAAAGAAUUAGAAAGGGAAAAUGCUAAAAUGAAGUCAGUUUUAGUUGAGACGCAAGACAGAGCGUUUCGCAGGGUGGCAGAAUUAAAAGAACAAUGCGGUCUUGAGCAAAAAGCCAAAGCACAUUUGGAAGGUGCUCUAAGAGACGAAUUGGAUGAGAAGCAAAUGAAAAUUGAAUCGUUACAAACUAAAAUCAAUUUGUUGCAUGCUGAUGAAAAAGAGGCAGCAAAUAAUAUCGAUGCUGAUAAAUUGGAGCAGCUAACAAAGUAUUUAAACGAUGCUAGAAGCGAGAUAGAAAUGUUAAAUAGUAAAAUUCAAGAAUACAAAGCUAGUGCUAUUGUGCAGAAAAGUAAAAUUGCAGCACUGGAACAGGAUAUUGUUAAUUUCUCUGAAAGAGAAAAGGAAAAUAAUAUAAAACUAGCAGAAAACAAAAUGGAUUUACAUAAUGAAUUGUUGAGUAAAGAUGCUGAAAUUAGUAGGUUAAAAAAAGACAUAGAAAGUUUUAGGAGCAAUGAAAAUAGGUCAACUAAAAUGGAAAAUUUGCAAAUUCAAAAUACUAAGUUAAUUGAAAAAGUUGAAAAUUUAAUGCAAAAAUGUAAUGGACUAGAAAAUGAGCUGCUUAAAGUUGAAAAAUAUAAAAUGGAUAUUACCGAACUUACUGAAAAAAAUUUAGAAUUAAAUAAAAUUAUUAAGGAUAGUCAAAAAAAUAUAGAAGAUGAGCUACUUAAAGUUGAAAGUUAUAAAAUAGAGAUUAAUGAACUCAAUAAAAAAAAUCUAGAAUUAAAUAAACUAAUUGAGGACAGUCAAAAGGAUAAAGAAGAUUAUGAAAGAAAAAUUGAAGAUUUAAGAGCCAGUGCUAUAAAGAAUCUAAAUUCAUUAGAAAAUAAAAUAUCACAAUCUCUAAGCAAAGAAUAUGAAGAAAGAGAAGAGAAAUUGAAAGAAGACUUUGAAUUAAAACUUAAAGAAAUUUCUCAAAAUAACCAAUCAGCAGCAGAAUUAAAUUUGCAGCUAAUUGAUAAAGAUAAUGAAAUUAAAAAAAUCGUAAACGAAUUACAAGAGGUUCAAAAUAAAUUAAUGGAAAAAGAUAGUCGUUAUAAUGAGUUAGAAACUAAUCACUUAGGACUAAUUGAAGACAGUGAUAAAUUAAGAAAAUAUGUGAAUGAUUUAAAAAAACAAGUCCCUGAAAUUGGAAAUAGUGACAAGAAAAUGUACGAAGACAAAAUUGAUAGAUUACAGGCUAAUAUAAAAACUUUGCAAGAAGAAUUGAGCCAUUUAGAAAAAAUAUCUGAAGAGAAGGAAGCACAAAAUGUACAAUUGACAAAAGAAAAUUUAGAUUUUGAGACACGUAAUGUUAAAUUACUUGAAAUGUGUAAAUUAUUGGAAGAAAAAUUGGAAACUGUUGAAAUAAACACUACAGAAGAUAAUUUACUUACAAUAAAGCUACAAGCUUUAGAAGAAGAAAAACAAACUAUAUUGGAAAGUUUUGAAAUGGAACGAAAAUUAUUCAACAAAAUCCAGGAGGAACAUAACGAUUUAAAAAUUAAAGAAAUUAAAAUGGAAGAAUUGGAAAAUAGAAAUAAAUUGUUAGAAGAGAAAAUUGUUGAGCUUAAAGGAUUUUUAACUGAUAAAGAAGCUACUAUUGUGGAAAUAAAUAAGCUUAAACUUGCUUUGGAGCAAGCCUUAAGCAAAACUCAAGAAUCAUUAAGAAUUUUAGAAGAGAAACAAGAAGCCCAAGAAAUUAAUAAAACCGAAUGUAACCUUUUACAAAUAAAAGUCCAACAACUUGAAAAUGAAAAGGAAAAUUUGAUUAAAACAUUCCAAUUAGAAAGGGAAAUGUUUGAUCGAAGCUUCCACACAAAACACGAAGAACUUGAAACUCACAGAGAAGAUAUUAAACAGGAAAAUAUUGAAUUGGCCAAAGAGAAUUUAGAAUUGAAAAAAAUCAAUGAAGAAUUGACAACUAAAGUUAGGAUUUUUGAAGAAAGACAUGAAGUUUUAGAACUAGAAUCCAUUGAAAGCAAUCUUCUCAAAUUGAAAUUACAAGAGUUUGAAAAAGAAAAAGAGGAACUUUCACAAACCUUUGAAGCUGAACGCAAAAUGUUUAACAAAAUUUUAAUAGAACACAAAGAACUAAAAAUUGCAAAUGAGAAAAUUUCAGAUUUAGAAAGCAGCCAUAAUCAUUUAACAGAGAAAAUUUUAAGCCUCAAAAAACACUUGAAUGAAAAAGAAGACAAAAUCGUGCAACUUCAAAGAGAUAAUUUAGCUCUUGAACAAGAAAUCUCUAAACUUCAAGAAUCUUUACGCCUUAGAAAAGAACAAAUAGAUAGUAUGAAUGUGGAAAAAAGCGAAUGUGGACUUUUAGAAAUUAAAUUAAAAUCUUUGGAAGAAGAAAAUCAUAGUUUACUAAAAUCAUUUGAAAAUGAAAGAGGCAUUUUUGAAGAAGCCCUAUCUAAAGCGAACCAUUUACAAAGCAAAGUUGAUGAAUUAAAUGAGACAAUUUCGAUUUUGAGUAGAGAAAAAUUUGAUUUAGAAGAGGAAUUUAUAGCAGAAAAAGAAAAAUGGGUGGCAUCCGUUGAGUCUAGGAAAAAGGAUGCCGAAAAUAUGGAAAUUCAAAUAGGAAAAGUGAAUAAAGAAAAAGAGCUAUUAGAAAAGGAAAUAGAAAAUUUAAAAAUGGAAAGUCAAGUGUCUCAAAAACAAAUUCAUGGUUUAAAUGAUACAAUUAAUAGUUUGAAAGAAGAAAUUGAUUCUUAUGCAGUUAAAAUAGAAAACCAAACAGACCUUAUAAAUCAGCUACAAGAAGAAAUCAAACGCAAUGAAGAAAAACAUAAAAGUAUAUCCGACACGCUCAACAAAGAAAAAAUUGAAAAAACACAAGCAUUAGAAAAACUAAAACAAAUGCAACAAGAAUUAGACAAAAACAAUAAUGAAAUAAUAGAAAUUAAAAAUUCCUUGGAAUCGGUAGAUAAGUUAUAUGAAGAGGCUAAAACUCAACAAUCAGGCGUUGUAAGUUUGUUGGAAGAUACCAAAAAAGAAUUAGAACAGAAAAUAGAAGAAUUGCAAUUCAAAACAAAAGAAAUGCACAUUAUAGAGGAAAAAUUUACUAACCUAGCCCAAGAAAAUGCAGAAUUAGUGUCUAAAAUUAAAGAAUUAGAGCAACUAAAUGAAGCUUUACAUUCGGACUGCAAUAAGUUGAACCAGGAAAUUUCAGAAUUAAAACUUAGAAUUAACCACUUAACAUCUGAUAAUAGAAACAUAAAUGAGGAACAUGAAAAAUUGUUAUCAGAAAUGGAAGAGUAUAAGGCUAAAUGUGAGCUUAUGGAAAAUGAAAAAGGAAGUUUCGAUGCGUUGGAACAGGAACGAGAUAGUUUACAAAAAAUUGUGACUGAGUUAAAUGAGAAAAUUGAAAAGUCAUCUAAUUCAGAUUUAGGACAAAUCCAACAAAAUUUCUCUGAAAUCAAAGAGCAAUGUGAUAGACUGCACAUGGAAAAUCAAAAUUUGAAAAGUGAAUAUUCGAAAUUGGAGGAACAGUGCCAAAAUUUUAGUAAAGUCAAAAAAGAUUUAGAAAGUCAAAUGGAUGAAUUGGAGAGGCACUAUAAUGAAGUUCUACACGAGAAACAACUUUUGCAAGAUGAAGUACAGGAACUUAAAAUAUCUCCAAUUAAUGCCAGUGUAAAUGGUAGUAAUAAUUGUAAUAAGUUAGAUGAUCUGAUGAUAACAAAACAAGAAAACUCUCUAUUAUCAGCCCUACCAACUCAAAAUGGGCCAACUAGCGAGGGCUACCAGAUAUCACAAACAGAAAUCGAAAAUCUCAAAGACAAAGUGUUGCAAUACAAAUCCAUAGACAUGACAAACAAGAGCUCUAUAGAGUUUUACGAAAACGAGCUGCAAAAAAUGAAAAUCAGAAACGAAAAGCUAAAUCGAAAACUAGACGAGACUUUGGUGACAUUAAAUCAUUGCACUGAAUUGUCUAGUAGCUCGACUGAAAUCGAAUAUUUGAAAAACGUUUUGUACAAUUACAUGUUGGGCAAAGAAGGUAUGGUUUUGGCUAGAGUGAUUGCGGCUGUAUGUAAAUUUGAUCCUGGCCAAACCGAGGCUGUAUUACAGAAGGAGCAACAGAAACAGACAUUGUUGGGUCAACUAGGAAUUCUCUAG